AAAAGCAAACUGGUCUUUCUUCUGAUUUUGGCAACAUUUCUGCUCCACUGUGCGUCGCGUGUAUGGCAACACAUCCAUGAAACCGUCCCGAUUUCUAGUAACUGGGCCACCAGGCGUGGGAAAGACAACUUUGGUGCGUAAGGUUUGCGGGGAGCUGAAAGGGCAUGGUCAGUUUCAGGGUUUCUAUACGGAGGAGGUGCGACCAGAAGGCGGCGGAGAUCGCCUAGGGUUCGACGUGGUCACAUUGGAUGGUGCCCGUGGUACAUUGGCACGCACCACAAGGCCCAGGAAUGACAACAAACAACAUCCCAAAGUGGGAAAAUAUGUGGUAUGGGUCCAAGAUUUUGAAGCUAUAGCACUGCCAAUGAUGAAGAUUGGAACGUCGACUCCGCAGCUCGUGGUUAUCGAUGAAAUCGGUAAAAUGGAAUUGUUCAGUGAAGCCUUCGAGCAAUCCAUUCAGGCGGUCUUGCAGUGUGACAGGCCUAUUCUAGCAACCAUACCACAAACCCGACAGCCCAUUCCGCUCAUCGAGCGUAUAAAGAACGGACCAGGCUGUACCAUUUAUACUGUGACGCGGGAAAACCGAAAUAGGUUGGUCCAAGAAAUUACCAAAAACAUUUUGCAGGCGAACUAUUUAUCAAAAUAAAAUGAAUACUUGUCUCUUUA